UCGUUCGUAGGAGAACGCUAGCAGGUCGUGGACUCAACUCCAUCCUCGGUCUCUUCUCCAUCAAAUUUCUCCAACAGUUUAUAUAUCCACUGUUCUCCAUCACUAUCAAGACAAUCAUUAUAAAAAAAAGAGUGACCAACACCCACAAUUCAAAUAAAUAUUACCGAAAUUUUGAUAUCACUUUACCUCUCAUUUCACUUCAGCUUUUCAAGACACACUUGAGCUAUAAAUGUAUUCGAGACAGAGUGAAGGGCUGAUUGUGCCUAAAAGUCAGGUUGAUAAAACUGAAGGGUUGAUAAUACAUCAACGGAAUAUUUCAUGAUCCCGUCCAAUUGAUUAUCGCCAUUCUUAAAUGAUUAUUUUGUAAUUAAUUUUUUUUUUUUGCCAGUCGGUUUAUUUUUUUGUGAGUUUAUUUCGUUGUGGUGGUGCCAACUGUGAUAUUUUCUGUUGAUUAAGUGAUAUUUUAGUUGAGUUUAUUGUACAUUUGUGAUUGUGGAAAACGUCAAGGAGUACUAAAUGUCCACGUAUCGGUCUAACGUCAUUGUGACUCUGGUGCUCGCAGUGGCAUUUAUUUUACAUCUAAUUAAUGCCCAGUCCGAUAUAUACCAAUAUGGUGAAAAACGCCAGGACGGCUCAACUGCACGCAAAUACUGCGGCAAACAUCUAUCAAAUGCCCUGCAGUUAAUCUGCGAUGGUAUAUAUAAUCCAAUGUUCAAGAAGAGUGGCCAAGAAAUGGAAAUGGAUGACUAUCCUUACGCUUAUGACUAUCCUUUCCGAACAAGAGCAAGUGCAAAUGCUAUGAUGGGACGCUUUGGUGGUGUCAGAUUUCGUCGUCAAUCACGUGGUGUUCAUGACGAAUGCUGUGUCAAGCCGUGUUCCAUGUCUGAGUUGAUGAGUUAUUGUGGCCACUAGAGGUGUUCCAAUGAAGAGCUUUGUAAUACACGGAACUAAACAUCACAACCGCCAAAAAAAAAAAAAAAAACAA